ACCCAGGAUCACCUACAAGAGACGAGAAUUCUCAACAGAACACAACUAUCAGCCUUCUGACGUUAACCAUCAAGAUUCCCCGACUGGGCUUAACCAGCUACUCUAGAAGAAUUUCCUGUAGCUUUCCUACUCUCAAUUGCAACCGAUAGUGAGCUUCCUCGACAUCUCAAUCGCAGCUACGCGAACCGAUUUCGUCGACCAACCGAGCCUUUAAGCCUAACGCUUCCUUUCCCAUCUUCCAUCCAAUCGAAAAAGAGAUAUAAUCAUAGCGCUCAACCAGUUUUAAACCAACCAUGGUGCAGACACGCGCUCAAGAGCGUUCUGCCGGCCAGGGCUCCAAAUCUUCACAGACCGAGACGAAACCGAGAACGACCAACAGAUCGAAGACAAUAUCCAAUAAGAAAGUCGAGGAACCAGAUAUCCAUGAAGAGCAACAAGACGAUGUACCUGCAGAUGAAACGAAGAUUGAGAAACGCAAACGCGAUAACGCAGAAAAGGAAGAAGAGCGCGAACAGGAGCAGAAAUCCAACAAGGAACAACAACCCAACGGGGUCGAUACGGACGAACCACCAAAUAAGGCACCUAAGACUUCUGAGUCCGAAGAGCCCGGUAAUAGCAUCGACGAAUCUGCAGCCGCAAAGGUCCAUAAAGUCAUUGAAGAAUUCGGUGCUCUACCUCUGAAAGACGCGGGUGUUGCGGAGCCGCUGCAAGCUACACCCGAGACGAUCCUUGCGAUGGUUCUUGAUGCGAUGCUGAAAUCGACGCGGAUAUCGCAUUCCCUGGCGCAGAAAGCGGUCAAUACGGUCAUCGAGGCGGGGUAUCAUGAUAUCAAGAAGCUUAGCCAGACUACGUGGGAUGAUAGGGUGGAUGUCUUGGCCAAGGGGGGAUAUAAUCGCUAUCGCGAACAGGCUUCUACGAAUCUCGGGGCUCUUAUUGAAUUUGUGAAUGGGAAAUAUGAUGGCGACUUGAACAACCUCUACCAAAAAGCAGAUCACCAGCCCCGCAAGGUGAGAGAAUUGAUUAAAGAAAUCAAAGGCCUCGGCGACCUCGGUACAGACAUUUUCUUCAACAACGCCCAGAGCAUAUGGCGGACAUUAGCGCCUUUCAUCGACGCCAGGAGCUUGAGAACGGCGGACGAUAUUGGCAUCGGCACGGAUGUAGAUGCGAUUUAUAAAGAACUUGAAUUCGACCCGGUGCAGAUGAGCAAAUUGGCGAAUGGGCUCUCGGCCGUAAGGCUGGAGAAGAAACAGGGAGAGGUCUCGGAAGAGGAGUGAGUUCAUGGCUGCAAUAUGAUACCUAAUGACCCGCUGAAAAUACAAGGGUAUUGCUAUUUCAAUAUACUGUUUGGAUAAUAGGAAAUGUAUACGCAUAGGGCACAGUAGGGCAACUGAAAUAGAAUCUUUCGGAAUCAUUUGGAUUAUCCCACUGUCCGAAAUGAUGCAGCGUGGUCUUCCCCAGUCUUCCAAGACGAAGGUGGUCGCGUAGAGCUUCUUCCCAAUAAACUGCCGUCCAUAGGGUAGCGCCGGGGAUAUAUAUUACGCGUUUAGUGAACUUGCUUGCAUAUCACAGACUAUACAAUAGUCGAAUCCCUUGCAUCGUCCGCGUGCCGUUGGGAGUCCCAGGAAAAAAAAAUCGAUGGUGAUCGAGUGGAGUGGAAAGGAAUCGAUGGAACUAGGAUAGGUUUCGACGGUAGUCAAUAAGAUAUUCGAUUAACUGUCAAUGCGAUGGAUGCAGAAUUGGUCGGGCCUAGAGAGAGAGAGA